UAAUAUAUAACUAUGUUUGCAUUCGCUAUAUAUUCGUUUCGUUACAAAAUAUUCCAUCCAUGAGUGAUCAAUAUGGCGACCUCCUCUGGAAGGGAACGAAGUUCGUGACGAAAUCGCAUUUUAAAAGUAAGAAAUGUCCCUGAAACCGAGGAAAGUUGAUUUUGACGCCACCUGGACAACUCUACUGGAAACAGUCAAGGGAGUUGUUACUUGUGCAAAAGUUGGUCGUGCCACUUGGAAUGACAGAUUUUCAGAUGUGUAUGCCCUGUGUGUAGCCUGCCCUGAUCCGCUGAGUGACAGACUUUAUACAGAAACCAAGAAAUUCUUAGAAAGCCAUGUCUCAGAUUUGUUCAAGAAAGUACAUGAAAAUGGUGAAGAGAAUUGUUUAGCAACUUACCACAGACAUUGGGAGGAGUACAGCAAAGGAUCAGGCUACCUAAACCAACUUUACGGGUACCUGAAUACAACGUACAUAAAGAAACAGAAAUACACAGACGCUGAUCUGAGUUACGGUGGAAUCAGCACCGACACGGCCGACCAGUUACUGGAGAUAGGGGAGCUGGCGUUAGAUACAUGGAAAAGAUUGAUGAUUGAGCCCCUUAAGGAUACCCUCCUUAAGUUGAUCCUGAACGAGGUGAUGAGGGACCGAACAGGCGAGAUGGUCAAUCAGACCGUAGUACACGGGGUCAUCAACUCCUUUGUCAAUGUUCAGGAAUACAAGAGGAAACAUCCCUUGAUGAUGUACGAAGAAAUGCUGGAAAAUCCGUAUAAACUGGAGACUGGCGCCCAUUAUAGACAGGAGGCGGCCAAGCUGAAGGAUGAAUACACCUGCUCCGAGUACAUGGAAAAAGUGAUUACCCGUCUGGACAACGAAGACUUUCGAAGCAGGAAGUUCCUACACCCGAGUUCUUACAACAAAAUUACACACGAGUGUCAACAGAGGAUGGUGGCCGACCAUCUCCAGUUCCUCCACGGAGAAUGUAAAGACAUGGUCAAACAGGAACGUCGGAAAGAUCUCUCCAACAUGUACAAACUCCUGAAGCCGAUACACGGAGGCCUGGGAGUUCUCAUACAAGAGGUGGAGGGGCAUAUCAAACAAACUGGUCUGGAGGCGGUCAAAAAUCUCAAAGGAGAAAAUGUACCGGGGCAGUUUGUGGAGUCCAUGUUGGAGGUUCAUCAGAAAUACACGGAGAUGAUUCAGGGUGUGUUCCACUCAGACCAGCAGUUUGUUGGAGCUCUUGACAAGGCUUGUGCUGCUGCGAUAAACUUUAAGCAGAGUGCUAAACAUGUUUGUAAAUCCCCAGAAAUGCUUUCAAAAUACUGUGAUAAUUUAUUAAAGAAGAGUUCUAAAGGAGUUUCUGAGUCGGAAAUGGAUGAUAAGCUGACUAACUGCAUCACGGUCUUCAAAUAUCUUGAUGAUAAGGAUGUUUUCCAACGGUUUUAUUCCCGUAUGUUGGCCAAAAGGUUGAUAUAUGGUCAGUCAGCUUCAAUGGACGCAGAGGAAUCUAUGAUCAACAAACUAAAGCAAGCUUGUGGAUAUGAAUUUACAAACAAAUUACAUCGGAUGUUCACGGAUGUAUCCAUCAGUACAACGUUAAAUAAAGAGUUUUCGGAUUUCAUCCAAUCCAAAGAACACGUAGAACUGGGAGUGAAUUUUUCCAUAAUGGUUUUACAGGCUGGAGCAUGGCCUAUCGGUCAAAGUAAUCUCCCUUCUUUCUCAAUACCACAAGAGCUUGAGAAAAGUGUGCAAAUGUUUGAGGCUUUCUAUAAUGUGAAAUACAGUGGAAGAAAGUUGACAUGGCUUCACAAUUUCUGUAGUGCUGAGUUAAAGUUUAAUCACCUAAAGCGGCCUUACUUUGUGACGAUGGGGAACUUCCAAAUGGCCGUUUUGUUGUUGUUCAAUGGUAGUGAUAUACUGACAUUUCAUGAUAUACGAGAAAAUACAGAGUUACCCGAAAAGGAACUUAUCAAACAACUCCAAACUUUAUUAGACACUAAAAUAAUCUCCACAGAGGGAUGUCUCGCGACAUGCAGUUGUAUAUCACUCAAUAUGGGAUACACAAACAAGAGGACAAAGUUCAAAAUAACAGCCGCAAUUCAGAAAGAAUCUUCACAGGAAGUAGAACAAACCCACAAUGCAGUAGAAGAGGAUCGAAAAAUGUAUCUGCAAGCAGCCAUUGUUCGCAUAAUGAAGGCUCGGAAAAUUCUGAAGCAUGCAAUGCUUAUACAAGAGGUAAUUAGCCAGUCCCGAGCACGGUUUGCUCCCAGUGUACCAAUGAUCAAAAAGUGCAUUGAAUCAUUGAUUGACAAAUCUUACUUAGAAAGGACAGCAAAUUCAUCAGACGAAUACAGUUAUAUAGCUUAAUGCUGUCUAGUGUUAGUGUACCAGACGCAUUCAUUUCAUCUACAGUUACAGACCACAGCCCUGGGACAAAGCUGAAAUUCUAAUGUGGAGGAGUUUUGUUCUAGUGUAUGCUGUUCUAAGUAAUGAUAUGGAUAUUUGUUUAUGAUGAAUAUUGUUUAUAACUUGCCCUUUUUAAAGGAUUACCAGCCUAAUCAAGUGUUUUUGAUUGCCUAAUGCCGCCAUUUGUUAAUCGACAAUUUCACUUUCAGUUCUAAGGAAAGUAUGAUUUACAAUCGCAUAUGUAUAAUAAAGGAUUAGAUGUACAAGACUACUAGAAUGUGAGUGACUUUCAAACAUUUAUCAUGUCUAGAAUUGCUGAACAGUGCAUGAAGUCCUUUUAUAUGACGUAGCAAUAUAUGGAAGUACCAUUGUGAAGUCGUGGUGUUGUUUUUCUUGUACAACUUAAUCCACGUUUCAUACAAAAUUAUUUAAGGAAUUUUGAGUAUGUAAUUAUUGCAUGACUUGGCGACUCAAAUACAAUAUAAUUGUAAAAUGGC